CAAGGUCUGCUCCCCGCUGCCCGCCCGCCACCAUGAAGGCUGUCCUCCUUGCCCUGCUAGCCGCUGUCUUGGCCCUGCGGCCAGGCACCGCCCUGCAGUGUUACUCCUGCAAGGCCAAGGUCAGCAACGAGGACUGCCAGCACGUGCAGAACUGCAGCCGCUCUGAGACCCAAUGCUGGACCGAGCUCAUCCGUGCUGUUGAUCUCCUGACCCUCAUCAGCAAGGGCUGCAGCUCGCACUGCGUGGAGGACUCAGAGGACUACCACGUGGGCAAGAAAAACGUCACAUGCUGCUCUACUGACCUGUGCAACGCCAGCGGGGCCCACGCCCUGCAGCCGGCCAUUGUCACCCUGACGCCGCUCACCGUUCUUGGCGUGCUGCUGUUCUGGGGCCCCGGGCAGCUGUAGGAUCUAGGAGGACCCUGUUGUGUCCCAUGCUGGGCAGUGGUGCCCAGGGGCCCGGGGGGCACUCCUCACACACACCUGGUCCAGUCACGGCCCCUUCUGAACCCUAACUCAGGUCGGGCGAUGCCCCUCUGCCCU